ACGGAACAGCAUGGGAACCACAGUGGCUGCACGGCAGGUUUUCCGGUGGACUGUGAGAGCCUCCUCCUCCUCCUUGCUCAGCCCACCUCUCACCUCGAGAUGCCUCCUCCAGCCUCGACCCGGGCUCUUCUGUUCCACCAGCAGCCGGAGUCCCAUGCAGUCAUCGCAACACAACCACCCAGUUAGUCCCGUAUCUGAGACGCCGGUCACGGAGCUGUCGCCGCAGUCUUUAGCCGACAUGGGAUUCACUGGAACUCAGGCUGAGCAGAUGUUGGAGACCGCGUCCAAAGCGAGAGGAGGACGAGCUGCCCGACACGCGCUGUCCACCCUCACGGCGCUGCUCGCCCUGGGGCUCAACCCCUCCAGCGUCCUGAAGCUGCUGCAGAAAUGUCCUGAGGUGUGCAGCGUCAAGGAGUCUCAGCUUCAGCAGCGAGUGGGCAACCUGAGGAAACUGGGUCUAGUAGAAGGCAGUCUUCAGAGAGUGGUGGCCCAUUACCCCCAGAUCCUGACUGUGCCUGUGAAGACAGUAAAACAUGUGGUGGUGCUUCUCCGAGAGAAGUGUCUGUUUACUGCCCCGCAGGUCACAGACAUCCUCAGAGAAAGUCCGGCCAUCGUCCUGGGGGAUCUGGCUCAGGUGGAGUUCUUGUUUCAGUACGUCUACUUUCGAAUGGGUGUCAAACAGGCGGAGAUUAUUAAGUCCAGGUUGUUCCGUUACUCCCUGGAUGAGGUUCGAUGUCGACACUGUUUCCUGGAGCGCAGGGGCCUGUACCAAACCCCAGACAAGAAAGGACAGACCAUCAUCAUCAACCCUAAACUGGACAGCAUUCUCAACGUCGACCAGAUGACCUUCCUCACAGCCGUUGCAAAGGCGUCAGUGGAGGAGUACGAUGUCUUUCAAAGACUUGUGGCAAAAGAGUGGCUGGAGGAGGAAAAGGAGCAAGGCAGCAUCAAUGUCGAUGCCACUUAUUCUGAAGAGGAGGAGGAUGAAGAGGAGGAGACAGGAGGCAGGAGUGGAUACAUAAAGACAAGAAAGAGAACGAUAUGAGGGAACUGAAAAUAAUUUCAAGAGGAAAUGGAGGGAUAAGACAAAAUUACAUCUAAUGGCAAAUGAAACAAUAAAAUGUUUACUCUCA